GUCAUGCCAAGGAAGGAGUUACCAUUGCCAGAGGGUUGGGAAGAGGCCCGAGAUUUUGACGGCAAAGUCUAUUAUAUAGACCAUAUAAAUCUAACCACCAGCUGGAUUGACCCAAGGGAUAGGCAGACUAAACCUCUGACUUUUGCCGACUGUAUUGGAGAUGAGCUGCCUGUGGGUUGGGAGGAGGCCUAUGACCCCCAUGUUGGAGCCUAUUAUGUCGACCACAAUACCAAGAGCACCCAGCUGGAGGACCCGCGGGCCCAAUGGCAACGCGAGCAGGAGGUCAUGUUGCGGGACUACCUCAGCGUGGUCCAGGAGGCGUUGAGCGCCCAGAAGGAAAUCUAUCAAGUCAAAGAGCAGCGACUUCGUCUGGCCCAGCAGGAGUAUCGGCAGCUAAAUGAUGCUUGGCGGGACAAGUCCUCCUCACAGACCAGCUUAAAUUCCAGGUCCUCAUCAAGCAGUAAAUACGACCCUGAAAUCCUCAAAGCGGAGAUUGUUACAGCGAAAAGCCGGGUAAACAAGCUGAAGAGAGAUUUGGCUUGUAUGAGACAAGAACUGCAUUAUAAGGAGCAAGGUUUUGAGACGUUGAAAAAAAUCGAUCAAAAAGUGUCCAGUACCUCACAUGGCUACAAACUGCAUGAAGCCCAGGCCAUCCUGAAGGAGGUGAAGACCAUUAAAGAUGCCAUCAGCUCCGGAGAGAAGGAAAAACAGGAGCUUAUGCUGAGACUGGCCAUGCUGAAGGAUGGUUUUCAGUUAGAUUAUGGUUCUCAGUCUGAUCUGUGGGCCAGCAGUCCAUCCCUGGCCAACUCGAACCUCUCUCUGCCCCGCCUGUACUCAGACGCCGAAUCUCAAACGGACGUACCUGUUGAGUUUGUAUCAAACUCAAAUAAACUGGCAGAGAAGGUACGACUGAGCCUGAAAUAUGAGGAAGCAAAAAGAAGGAUUGCAAAUAUCGAGGUCCAGAUUGCCAAACUGGACAGCGAGGCGUGGCCGGGCCUGCUGGACCCGGAGCGGGAUCGCUUGAUCCUCAUCAACGAGAAGGAGGAACUGCUAAAGGAACUGCAGUACGUGAAGCCGUGCAAGCGCGCGCCCAGCGACGCGGAGAAGAUCGAGUCGGAGAAGAAACGACUUGAGAAGGAUCUGCAGGCUGCACGGGACAACCAGAGCAAAGCACUGACCGAGAGGUUAAAGCUGCACUAUAAGAGAAGCAAACUAGUGAAGGAACUCGAGGAAACCGUGAGGAUGGCGUCUUCUCUCCACACCCAGCUAAAGAGCCUAUCAGCAAGCACGCUGUCGUGUUCCUCGGGCAGCAGCCGCGGCUCUCUAACCUCGAGUCGAGGGUCCCUGGCCACCUCCAGCCUGGGCUCCACUUCCUCCCUCAGCUUCACCGACAUCUACCUGGAACAGCCCGAGCUCGGCGACCCCGACUUUCAGAACAAACUGGACUCCAUUUUGCAGGAGGGAAGCACCUCCGGCUACAGGCCGUCCAGCUCCAUCACCACCAUCCACGAGAACGAGGUCUCCUCCUGCAAGCCGGUCGGCGGGGGACCGGGGGUGGGCCAGCGAGCCCAAGCGCUGCGGCUGUCGGAGACGCCUCACUCCAUGAGCUCGCUUUCACCGCGUUCCUCUCUGUCUUCUCUCUCUCCUCCCUGCUCGCCCCUCGUCACGGACGCUUCCUUCUUGUCGGGAGAGGCCUUCUCAGGUCCCGCCUCGCAGCUGGACUUGGAUCUGCAGACCAGACUGAUGGAGCUAAGGCUCGAUGAGGACCAGCAGCAGGGUCAGCUGGGUUACCGCGACAACAAACAAGACAGCAUCAUGGCCGCUGUAGAGGCCUCAAAAGAUGGUGUUACGCAAAUGAGAGCGUUGGGACCCGGAUCAAAGAAGGCGGGAGUAACGUCUGCCGUGUCUGACGAAUCGGUGGCGGGAGACAGCGGGGUGUACGAGCCCUCUGAGAAAAGGCCUGGGCUUCCUGCCGAACAGCUUCUGAGUUUUGAUGACGGGAGCUCGGCGAGCAGUGCUCAGAUCAAGCUCGGACUGAAGUAUGAAGUGAAGGAGAAGAGGUUCACAGUGUUAGUCAUGCAGAUCUCCAACUGCAGCUCUCUCUCCCUGCCAGCCAACCAGAACACAUAUGUUCGUGUGGUGGUCCUGCCGUGCUCAGAGCCCGUCCGCUGUCUCUUCCGUACCCGCGGCGCUCUUCCACAAGAGUCCUUAGAGUUCAAGGAGGCGUUCGGCCUGCAGAUGUCAUCCACAGCUGUCAGACAGAAGACCCUGCGCAUUGACAUCUGCUCCACCAGCAAAUCUGGCCGUGAAGAAUGUCUAGCCGGAGCUCAGAUCAGUCUAGCUGAUGAGGAGUAUUCAGAGGAUUGGUGCACCAAGUGCUACAACCUCCUCAACUACAUGUACAUGCCAGAUAUGGACGGAAAGCACAAGGAGCAAGAGGCUUCCACGCUGCAAGAGCUGACUUCAGUUCCCAGCAGCUCCGAGAGCACGGCUGCACAGCUGGAUAACACUCCUCUGGAGGACUGGCCCGCAGAGACUCUAGAGAGUGAUGUGUUUGAGGAUGGAGACAUCAGUGACGUUGAAGAGGAUGAAGACUUUUAUCCUAAAGACUGUCAGUGGGAGCAGGAGGAGGAACCAGCCAAGCCUGAAACAACACCUGUCAUUACGGAAAAGGUGAAUAAAGAGACCAGCGUGGACGGUCUUUCUCACUCUGUGGUUCGACCCAAAGAGAGACGGCACAACGUCCAUCAGCAAAACCCUUUCAUGCGUGGAAACACCAUCAUCCGCUCCAAGACGUUUUCUCCUGGUCCACAGAGCCAAUACAUCUGCAGGAUCAACCGCAGUGACAGCGACAGCUCCACCCUGUCGAAAAAAUCUCCUUUAGUCCGGAACGCCUCAGAGAGACGCAGCGUUCGAAUCAAGAAGCCGCCGGUGCAGGUCAAAGGUCUGGACGGUCUGCUCCGCACCUCUCUGGAUCUGGAACUGGACCUGCAGGUGACCCGCACGCGACACAACCGUCUGAACGAAGAGCUGCACGUGCUGCGAGAGCUGAAGAAACAGCUGGAAGAGGCCCGACAGAAGGGCCAGCACACCCUUCCGGCGUGGGUGCAGGAGGACGAGCGCUUCCGACUGCUGCUCAAACAGACAGAGAGACAGACGCAAGAAGAGCAGCUACAAGAACAGAGGGUGGAGAAGAUGAUGCGAGCAGCCGCUAAAGAUGUGCACAAGAUCCGCGGGCAAAGCCUCAAAGAGGUCCCCGGGGUCCAGUCUUUCAGAGAAAAGAUGGCCUUCUUCACCCGAGCGAAGAUAAACGUUCCUGACCUACCAGCCGACGACGUGUAGAGGAUCUCAAGUAUUUUUUGGUCUGAACUGCUGUUUCCAUGGAAACAAAACUGACAUCUGGUGGUGUUAUGAAGAACUGCGUGACAGAAAGUGUACGUUGGGCAAGACAUUUUAAACACUGGGUUUUAACUCUUGGAACUGAAAGUGUGUAGAUCCAUGUGUCUUAUUCCUUCUUUUAAGCUAGUUUUCUUUUCUGUUUUUGACUCUCGUUGCGUUCUGUUACUAAUAAGAAUAUGUCUGUAUCUGUACUAGGUGUUUUAGGGGUCAUUUGAAAAUGACAAAGUCGGGCUGGUAAACGAUUAAUCGCGAUUAAGCGCAUCCAGAAUAAACGUUUGUUUACAUAAUAUAUGUCUGUGUACUGUUCCUAUUUAUUUUGUAUUUAUAAACACACACACACACACAUGUAUAUACUGUAUUUAGGAAAUAUCUGCGUGCAUAUAUUAAUAUUUAAACAUUUAUUGAUUUUUAUAUUUCAUAUUUUUCUUAAAUGCCUACACGUAUAUGUACAGUAUGUGUUUACAAAUAUAAAAUAACAUGCGUAGUACACGGCCAUAAAUGUUGUGUAAACCAACUUUUAUUCUGGAUGCGAUUAAUCGCGAUUAAUCGUUUAACAGCCCUAGAAAUACGUUUGAAAAAUGCUGCUCUGCCGACCAGGCAUGACUGCGCACUGUUAAUGAUGUGAAUACAGUAACUUACGGUACUACUUCUGUCUAUAGCACAAGGCUUCAGAAAUCUGUAUACAACAAUGUUGCAAUGACGACACGAAUGCUCAUAAAUCCUGCUUUUAUUCUGUCCAUGCUUAUGUUAGAUAGUCUGAGCUUUUUAUUUUGCAAAUGUGUAAACGGUUAGCCAGCAUGAAACUAAAGCAUGACAGUAACUAGACCGGUUAGUAGAUUAAGUAGAUGGCUAACAGCUCUCCGCACAUGCAAACAAAACACACCUUUGGCGCAAAAUGUUCGUAAAAUGAUGUAGAAACUGCACUUAGUUCCACGGACUCUCAGGUAGAACAUCAGAUAGUUAAUGCACUUUAUUAGACAUCAGAUAGCAAGUCAUCAAUGUAGAGAAUAAAACAGCACAUUCUGAAUGCAAAGAUGAUGUUGUCUCAUUUAAGUGAAGCUCUUCUUGCAUCUUUAGAUACAAAGAGCAUCUUUUUACGUUUGUUAACUCCCCAUUAUUUAACCUGCAAUGUGUUCACAGAUUAGAUGUCACUUUAGAGAAAUACAGACCUCUUGUCCCUACAAUAGGUUCGCUUUAGGCUAAAAGCACAAGUGUAAUUGUAGUUUAUGUGACUAAUAAUGUUGGAAAAGAGUCCGAAAAAGCAAACGCUGUAACAAUUCUCAAAGCACAAUAUUGAAGAAGUCUGUGUGUUUGGGUGAAUCUGCAAUCAAACCAAAAAUGAUUUUGCGUAGAAUGUAGAAAAUAAAUUCUGUUUAGGACCAUUAAAAUAUUUGCGUUGUGAUAUGAUUGUAAUGACAGCUAAGCAAAAUUACCCCAGAAGACACAUUAAUAGUGCAAACAUUAAAAUCUGCAUAGAAUAGCAUAUGCAUUAAUAGAUUUAUUAAUAAAUGCAUUUAAUAAAAACGAAUUUGCUCAAAGAAUUUUGCAAUACAGUAGGCAUGCAAGUAAUGUCAAGAGGCAAAAAAAUGGGCCUUACAAUUGGCAUCAUUUCUGGACAAAAUGUAUUUUUGACAAUUUGAGAAAGAUUCACUCGUUUAUGAAUCGAUUAAAAAGCAGCCAGCGACAAAUCGAGAAAACUGGACAAUCAUCAUCUCAACACAUCUAGGUCACUGCAAAGGCACAGUUCACUUAAUAAUGCAUCGCGCCUCACUGCAGACAUCCCUGAGCAUAACGUUUUAUCUACAUGAGAGAAGUUGGAUGUUUAUAUGUAGCACUUUAAAAAUGCCCCAGUUCACACAAUCUAUUAUUGAUACAGAAUUACAUUAUUUUGUCAUUGUUUUAGCCUAAUGCCCAUUCUCACCGAAAUCAGUGGCAAUAAAAGCCCGAUUUCAUGGGUUUUGUCCACAUUUUAACAUUAAAUCUUGCAGUUGAUCUUUGUUACGGUAUAUUACGCAAAGCUCUUGGUGCAGUUCAUGGGCCGUGCUCACAUUUUCUGUUUUGCAUUCAGCUUCAGUCCACCAUCCUAAUACGUUCUUGUUCCUCUUGAGAGCCUCGGGUGCUGUUUUAAUGGCUUUUUUCCACAAGAAAACAUCAAAUGUACUGUCUUUGCCCAACCUCAGAUCAGCUCUCAGUGUUUGAGUAAUUUAGAGUCGACAGCAAAGUUUGUUUAAUCUAAUAAAAGCAAUAUUAAUAAUACAACAUUCAUGUUGCAUAAAUAUACUGGAGUUGACUAACAGAGCCAUGACCUAUAUUUUAUAAGGAUAGCACAGUGUCUGUCCUACAGAAUUUAAAAUCCAGUAAGGGUUACUGGUCCAAAAAGUCUAGUCUCUUGCUCCACCCAGUGGUACAAAACUCGAAGUUAUUUAAAGAACAUGGUUUUUGUAUUUUUAUUGAAAAUUCAAUGUCAUGAUUUAGAAAAUGAUCCCUCUGUGCAGCAUAUUUAUUUUUAUAUGAUGGAAUACAAUAACAACAUAAAAGACCUGACUAAAAUGCUGUCCCAAAGCCUUAAGUUUAGCCAAAUAUCUAUACUACACUAAUUUCUUUCACGUUAAAGCCUCACAGUUGUUUUCUGUUGCAUAUUUCUUGUAGUUGAUUUCAGUUUAUUAGAGUAUUUGUGAUUGUAGUAAUUGUAUUGUUUUCACAGUUUAGACUCAGUAAUAGACAUUGCCAAACGUAUAGACUCCUGUCGGCUUCAUCCUAGCUCAUCUCAGCUUAUUAAUGUGCUGUGUGAUGUGAAGAUUUCUCACAUGGGCAUUUUUAAUCGAGGUACAUUUUUGUUAUUUUUAAUCUUUCAGAUUUUCACACGUUUUUAUCAUUUUCUUUCAUUUGAAUGUGAGAGAUACAGUGUGUCCCCUUUAAAUAUUAUGUACAGUACAUGUGUAUGCAAUGCUGUAGAAUGUAAACAGUAUACCUGGAAACACUACGAUUUAUCUUCUUCUGAGAGUGCUCGAACAAGAGAAAAGAAGUCUUAUGUUGUCAUUGGUCAUUAUAGGGUACAAUAGUAUGCCAUCUCUGCGUAUGGUUGGAGAGAAUUUCUUAGGUGCUCUUUAACUACCAAUUUUCAUACAUACAUACAUGUAAGAUUCGUUAUAAUUAAUCAAUAGGUGAAAACGCUGUCAGUAUCUGAUGCUGGUAGUCAUGAAUGAUUUGUUGCGUAUCGUUCACAGUAGGACUUUUAUUUUGGAAGCACCAGUUCAUUUUUUAAAACUCUUGUUCUGAUGAUGAAACAACCUGAUCUGAUCACAGAGAUGGUUUGAGAAGUACAGCUUGAAUUUAUUGCACUUUUGUGAUUUGGGUUUUCUGUCUUUUUUUUCCUUGUGAGACUUCUGAAAGCUGUGAAUUUUAUCAUCGACACUGUACUGUCAACAAGAUUUGUAAAUAUAUCACCAGCACAAGAAUAUGUUUUGUAGUUUCACAACAAAUAUAAAAAGUUCCUCUCUUCUAAUCUUUAGAAUGUUUCUUUUGUGUGUAUUUGUGAGUCUGAUUUUCUCAUUCUUCAAAGUUAUGUGCAAUGACUAGACAAUCUACAGACUAGCCAGCAUCCACUCUGUUUUAUAAUAACCCAAAGCCUAAAGUGCUAUAGUAUUUGAAAAAAAAACAUCACAGUAAAUGUGGAAUGUGUAAUUAGAAUAAAUAAUUGGGCACAUUUUGCUAGCAUUGCUUCUUACAGUAUUGUCAUGCCCUGUAAAAAAGCACUGAAAAUUCACAAAAAUAAUUUCACAUUUAAAUGAAAUGAAAUAGUUGGACAGUAAUAAAAAUGUAAAAUAAAAGGACCAACUUGCCCAAGAAACAAUGGCAUUAAGCUGUACUCUACAUAGACUUUAUAAAAUCAUGUCCUAUGUCUGCCCUUUGAAACUGUUUUGUUGUUUAAUGUUAUAGUACUGAAUGCAUGUGCAAAAAUGUUUUAUUUUUGUGGUGUAUACACAUUGGUCUUGUGAAACUUAUGAUUUUUUUCUGUAGAAAACUUUGAACACAACCCUUAAACAUAAUUUUUAAGUUCAAAGUUUUAUAUCUCAUCAACAGUAUAUGGCAGUCAGAAAGUGAAAGGAAAAAUGGGUUGGUCGGCAAUUACCCCAAGAUGAAUAAAUAAAUAAACAAACAUUUGUGGCAUGGACAGCUACUUGCGGUGAAACACAUUUGUGGAAUUUUUUAAUGCAAUGUUUACAUAAACUUAAUACCUUAUUUUUACUUGUAUGCAAAUUGCCCCAAUAUGUCAUAUAUAUAUAUAUAUGUGUGUGUGUGUGUGUGUGUGUGUGUGUGUAAUAAAUGAAUAUGAUAAUAUAUCAUAAAUAAUAUAUCAUUACAAUAA